AUGAAGAACUAUAAAGAAGUAGCGGAUAACGUUUCUUGUUGUCCAUCUUGCGGUCAUUCUUUUGGCGCAUUAGUCAAAAAAAAUCAAAAUGACAGUGCUAAUAGAAUCGUAAAUACGGCGAACAAGAUUACAUAUACAAAAACGGAAUCAAA